AUGGCGACCUACGUGCAGCUAAACACCACUGCCAAGAUGCCCCUGGUGGGGCUGGGCACCUGGAAGUCUCCAGCUGGGCAAGUAAAAGCUGCAGUGAUGGCUGCCAUCGAUGCCGGGUACCGCCACUUCGACUGUGCCUAUGCAUACCUGAACGAGAGUGAGAUUGGGGAAGGGAUCCAGCAGAAAAUCAAGGAAGGUGUUGUGAAAAGAGAAGACCUCUUUGUUGUCAGCAAGCUGUGGUGCACCUUCCACGAGAAGCCUCUGGUGAAGGGAGCCUGCCAGAAGAGUCUUGCCAAGCUGAAGCUGGAUUACCUGGAUCUCUACCUCAUCCACUGGCCUUUUGGCUACAAGAUUGAAUCUCAUCCAUACCUCACCCAGGAGAAGCUGAUCAAGUACUGCCAGUCCAAAGGGCUGGCUGUGACUGCAUACUGUCCCCUUGGCUCUCCUGACAGACCAUGGGCUAAGCCCGGGGAUCCUUCCCUUCUGGAUGACCCCAAGAUCAAAGAGAUUGCAGCCAAGCACGACAAAACCCCAGCACAGGUUCUCCUUCGCUUCCAGAUCCAGAGAAAUGUGAUUGCGAUUCCCAAAUCCGUCACCCCAGAGCGCAUUGUGGAGAACUUCCAGGUGUUUGACUUUGAACUGACUAAAGAGGAGAUGGCAACUAUUCUGACCUUCAACAGAAACUGGAGGAUCUGUGAAAUGAACGUGUCCAAAAAUCUCAAGGAAUACCCUUUCCAUGCAGAAUACUGA